AUGGCGACCACUCAGACGAACAACCUGCCCGCGCAACAGGUGGUGGCCCCGAAGGCGAAGGUCACUAAGACGGUGGCGGGAACGAAGCGACAGAAGGUGGCGGCGAAGCCCGAGCAGAUUCCUGCGGCAGAGACCGACGGGACGGCCUCUUCGGCACCACAGCCUCCGGCCACCGACAUGACUAUCCAGGAGGACGGGAUCAUGGACACCGCGGUCUCCAGCGGCGAUCCCGUCCUGGGCAAGCUGGACGAAAUCAUCAAGAUGCAGACCAAGAUGCAGAGGGCUCAGGCGAAGACCCAGAAGCAGGUGGCCCUGAUCCUCUCUCUGCUGAAUGCCGAGGAGGCCGAGAGCGCCGAUGGAGAAGAACCCACCGUGGGCAAGAAGAGAUCUCGGGCAGUGGCGACCAAGGCGAAGAAGGAGCCGAGUGGCUUUGCUAAGCCGAGCUAUCUGAGCCCAGAGCUGUGCGAAUUCUUGGACCUCCCCAUCGACAGCCAGCUCCCUCGCACGGAGGUCACGAAGCGGCUGGUCGCCUACGUGAAGGAGCACGACCUCCAGAAGGAGUCCCCGAACGAUCGCGCUUCGUCUUCAGGCCCCUCGUGCAGAGCGUGGAGAGGAGUGAGUUCUUGGAACACCGAAGCAGCGAACGUCGGGGUGGAUCCGAACGAUCCGCUGUACGCAGGUGCGCUCGCUUCCCCCAACUACGCUAAUCUCUUCGGGGACUCCUACGCCUUCCUCUCGUGCCCCGAGCUGAACACGAGCUUCCACGAGACCACCUACAAUCGAGCUGACCAGAUGCGUCACUCCCUCCAACCUCCUGCCCUCGAAGAACCACUCGCCGGUGAGGACGGGCUUACGCGCCGAGAAAAAGGCCCCUAG